AUGCACAUUUGCGACAAAUUCAGUGAUCGCAUACAAAUUUUAAAGCUUUGCAUAGAGGGUGGAAAUUCGCUAAAACCUAUUUUUCAAGUUUUGAAAAAUUGUUGUCCCAAUUUGAAACAAUUGCGAAUUGAAGGUAAAUUUAUCCAAGCCAAGGAUCUGGAUCUAUUUUCACCCGGAGAGCUGCCAAAAAAACCGAACUUGACCCUGUUCUCCCUCACUUGUUGGAAUUUCUACCCGGAAAUCGAGUUUGUCACGGCCCUCGCCAAUUUCAUCCAGCUGGUCGUCAAGGCUUCACCAAACUUAAAGGUGGUCACCAUUCCGUGGGGGUUCUAUCCAAACUUGCCAAAAUCCAAGCAUCUCGAAUCCUUAACCAUUGCGCUGGAUAACGUCUACCCAAGUGACGUCGCGGACACCCAAAACGUUUCAAAACUGUUGGAAAUGUUGCGCCAAGUCGAUAACCAUCUCGUCAACCUGUGCUUCGGCACAGAUCAAAACCAAUAUAUGCUGGUACCCUCCGAAAACUACGAUUUCAAAAAGUUUAGAUUCCGCUUGUCGAGAAGGAUGCCGAAAUUACGAAAGUUUUCCAACCGUAUCGUCGAAAUGUUUCAGUGUGCCGACUUUUUGCAAAAUAUUGAAAUGAUGCCCUCCGUGGAAACUUUGCUGAUUGGCAGAGAACUGAAAGAGUUGCGAAGUGUGGAUGAAAUUUUGAGAGGAAUUUGCGACAAGAAAAUGAUCCUGGCAGGUGUACGGAAGUUGGAGCUUAUCGAGCUGUACGAUCCCAGACUGCUGGACGGAGUGGCAACCGCAUUUCCGAACGUGGAGGCGUUGGAGAUGAAUCGCUUGUGGGUGACGGACUUCGAAGCGGAAGUGACCAGAUUGGAGGUGGACGUCAUCCUGGAGGGGUGUCGGGGUUGGGGGAGGUUGAAACGUUUGAAGGUGACGCUGCCCAAGUAUCCCACGGAAAUGGGGGCCUUUAUCCAGGCGCUUUUACAAGGGAGGGAAUUGUUUCAACGUCUUGCAACUUUAGAAAUUAAUACGUACGAUGGAGAUUUUGGGACGUACGAGUUGUCCGAGGUUGAGAUGGAUAUGUUUAAACAACUCCUGCUCGAAAUGGAUGGAAUGGACAGGGUCACCAUUCAUAAAAUUUCUUUCGGUGAGGACCUCGUCGAAAAUAUAUUGACUUUCAUGGAGUCAAACAACCUGGAUGUGGGGAAAUUUAGGCUGUACGACGGAUCACCGUACCGUGUUGGGGAUUAGUUGACAAUAAACUUAAUUUUGGUCUAGACUAUUUAUCUAUGGUCAUCCCUUCCUUGUAAACAAACAAUUUAUAAAUUUUACAAAGUUUGUCUAGCAAUUAAUUAAUUA